CAUUCAUUAUCCUCCUGCUGACCCCGACAAACCAUCACCGCCCGCUAACUCGCGAGAGAGAGCUAAAACCCUUGCUCUCCCCGCCCGCCCAUUUCCCUCCCCCCUCGCUGCCCCCGGCUCCCUGCUCCUUGCUCCUUGCUCGGCCUACAAGGAGGAUCAUCAUCUUGUUCGAGGAUUGGAUUAGCGAUCGAUCCGAUCGUAUCGUAUUCCAUUCCAUUCCAUCUUAGUCCAUGGGGUUGGAGAUGGAGGUGGAGGUGGAGGUGGAGACGGAUCCCAAUACUUCCCCCGACGAGGCCACCGCCUCCGGCGAGCCCAAGGCCUGCGCCGACUGCCACACCACCAAGACUCCGCUCUGGCGCGGAGGACCCGAGGGACCAAAGUCCCUCUGCAACGCCUGCGGCAUCCGCUACCGCAAGAGGAGGAGACAGGCGCUCAGCCUCGACGCCGCCCAACAGCAGGAUCAGCAGCCGAGUAAGAAGGCCGCCGCCGAUCCGCAGCAGGAUGACCAGCAGCCACAGCCGAAGAAGAAGCCCGCCGCCGAUUCGCAGGAGGAUCAGCAGCCGCAGCCGAAGAAGAAGCCCGCUGCCGAUUCGCAGGAGGAUCAGCAGCUGCAGCCGAAGAAGCCUGCCGCCGCCGCCAGCAGCACCACCACCAACAAGAAGGACAAGAAGAAGAAGAAGGAUCGGCAAGUCACCGUGGAGCUUCGCGUGGUGGGGUUCGGCAAGGAGGUGAUGCUCAAGCAGCGCCGUCAGAUGCGCCGCAAGAAGUGCAUGAGCGAGGAGGAGAGGGCCGCCGUCCUCCUCAUGGCGAUGUCGUCGGGCGUCAUCUACGCCUCGUGAUCCAUGAUUCCAUCCAUCCAUUCCAAGGGGAGGAAGGGGAGGCGGCAGUGUCUUGAGUUGCAGAUGGAAAUAUAGAUCCUCCACUCCACCUGCUCUUUUUUUUUUCCUGCCUCCUUCCUCUCUUCCUCCUCCGAGGUCAGGCAUCAGUAGGUAGGUAAUCUCUUUGUAGUGGCCAUCGAAUGGAUCAGUAGUGUGGGAGGCGAAGCUGAACAUUCAAUUGAAUCAAUCCUGUGAUUGAUCGAUCUGUAAUGUAAUGUAAUGCAUCCAGUAGGAAGUAAGUAUCCCGUUGAUGUAAUCUCCAGUCCUGACCCGACCCAGCACAGCACUUGAUUGAGAUGUUGCAGACGACGGAUUGCUUCAUCUGUGUUUACCGUUA